UCCUUUAGUAAAGCAAUUUCGGCCGAACCGAUGUGUCUAAAGACAAAUGAAGUAAAACUCAUGUGCUGACGGAAGGAAGAAUUUUAGUUGCGCGCUGGAAUCGGCUAGCGUUAGAUUGAGGUUUUGGAUUGAACAAAAUCGUUAUGAUCCUUAUCAACGGGAGAAAAUUGAACUUGGCACUCUCUCUGUGUUCCCAUGGUAAGAUCAAAUUUUCAAAAUUUCAGUUGGUUGUUCCCAGGUUCAUUUGGAAUUCGGGUCCAAAAACAGCCACUGAUACAAUACCCAACGGCGGCUAUUUUGCUAAGGAGCAAAAUUUAAUGUUUCUUUUCAAGCAAUGUUCCACUUUGAAACACUUGAAUCAACUCCAUGCCCGUAUUAUUCGAUUGGGUUUCGAUCAGAAUCUCUUUGUUAUUGGCAAACUCAUUGAUUUUUGUGCGGUUUCGGAUCAUGGAGACAUGAAUUACGCUGUUGAUGUUUUUGACAGAAUCGAAAACCCAGAUGGGUUUCUUUGGAAUACAAUGAUCAGGGGAUUUGGAAGGAUUAGGAAACUGCUAAUGGCGUUUGAGUUCUACAAGAGGAUGUUAGAGAAGGGAAUAGAGGCAGAUAAUUUCACUUUUUCUUUCUUGCUGAAGAUUACCGGGCAGUUGGGUUCAAUUAUGUUGGGGAAACAGUUGCAUGUUAAUAUUCUGAAACUUGGCCUUGAUUCUCAUGUGUAUGUGAGGAACACGCUUAUACAUAUGUAUGGCAGGUUAAAAGACGUCAAUAUAGCACGAAACCUGUUUGAUGAAUUGCCCAAAACAGAUUUAGUGGCUUGGAAUGCCGUAAUUGACUGUCAUGUCUCUUGUGGAAUGUACAACGAAGCACUUGACUUGUUUCUUCAAAUGUUGCAGAGUGGCGUAGAGCCAGACGAAGCCACACUGGUUGUGACGGUUUCAGCAUGUUCUGCAUUGGGUGCACUGGACUUUGGGAGGUGGAUUCAUUCCCAUGUCAACAGUAACGAUAGGGGAAAAACUACAGCUGUUUUCAAUUCGUUGAUCGACAUGUACGCCAAAUGUGGAGCGGUUGAUUACGCCCGCGAGAUGUUUAACGCAAUGAGCGGCAAGAACGUAGUAACAUGGAACACAAUGAUCAUGGGAUUAGCAACACAUGGUGAUGCAGAGGAUGCACUGACACUCUUCUCAAACAUGUUAACCGAGAAGGUGGAGACUCCUGAUGCUGUUACUUUCUUGGCAGUAUUGUGUGCUUGUAAUCAUGGAGGGAAGGUGGAGGAAGGGAGGAGGUAUUUUGAUCUUAUGACCAAACACUUCAAUAUCCAACCCACACUUAAGCAUUAUGGAUCCAUGGUGGAUAUUCUGGGACGAGCUGGAUUUGUAGAAGAAGCUUAUCAGCUAAUAAAGAGCAUGCCAAUGGAGUGCAAUGCUGUCAUAUGGAGAACAUUGCUCGCAGCCUGUCAGAUGCAUGGAAACGUUAAACUCGGGGAGAGAGUAAGUAGCCAUGUGCUAGAGAUAGAGCCAGAUCAUAGUAGUGAUUAUGUUCUUCUUGCAAAUAUGUACGCAAGUUCUGGUCAAUGGAAUGAAAUGAUAAAGACCAGAAAAUCAAUGCAACAGAAAGGAGUGGAGAAACCAGAGCCAGGUAAUAGUUAUUUGGAAAUCAAUCCAUUGUAAUAAUGCAGAAAGGAAUGAAAGUUAUAUCUAAAUUUUCAGUGUC